GUUUUGACUAGUGUAGUACUUCUGGUUGAAACAAAAUCUAACCUAUAAAAACUCUGGAAUUAGUAACAGAAAGAUCCAAAGCAUCGCACGUCGUAUAUUUUAAAGAAACAUGGAACCGUUUAAAAAUUUUCUCAAAGUAAUUGAUGCACUUAAUUAUAAUAUUGACUUUGUAAAAAUAUUCCCUACAGAAAUAAGUCAGAUGAUUUUCAAAAAAUUGGAUCCUCGGUCAUUGUUGAAUGUUGCUAAAGUUUCUCGUAAAUGGCGAGAUGUGUGUAAAAGUGAUCCCCAAUUAAAAAAAACUGCAAGAGGUUAUCUUCGUAAAAUAAAACUACCAUUAGUUCUUACUAAAUCGAAUAGUACUUUUGAAAUACGAUCAUGUCAGCGAGAGAAUGGAAGUAGAUCGCGUUAUUUUAUUUGUUAUUUAAAAACCAGUAGUCCGAAAAAGAGAAAAAGGUCUGUUUCUCUUGACGAUGAACAAAGUGACAGUGUCAAAAGAUUUAAAAAAAAUAUCUUAAAAUUAAGGUGAUAAUUUCACAUGUUGAAACGACAUUGAUUCUAAAAAAUGACUAGCUGAAUAAUUUUUAUUCAACGAAGCAUCACAUUUUAUCAAUCAUUCAAAGAAUA